AUGGUGCGCCUACGAGAUAUCCCCCGAACGGCCACCUUUGCGUGGUCGCCCGGCUCCGGAAAGCCCAUGGUUGUCACCGGAACAAAGGCCGGUGCCGUCGACGCUGAUUUCUCUGACGAGAGCAAGCUAGAAAUAUGGGAUCUCUCUCUCGACAACCAAGAGCAGGGCAUCGAGCUGCAGCCCGUUGUCAGCAUCACCACAGACUCCAGGUUCUACGAUAUUGCCUGGGGACCUGCCGACGCCGAUCAUCCCAAGGGAAUCAUUGCAGGUGCUCUAGAGAACGGUACCCUUGAACUAUGGGAUGUCGAGAAGCUCGAAACUGGGGCUUCCGACGCCUCCAUCUCCAAGACGACGAAACACACCGGUGCUAUCAAGGCACUCCAGUUCAACCCUCUGAAGCCCCAAAUCUUGGCCACAGCUGGCGCCAAGGGCGAGUUGUUCAUCUACGACAUCGGCGACAUCGAGAACCCCUUCCGUCUAGGAAACGCAGCGGCCCGAUCCGAUGACAUCGAUUGCUUGGCCUGGAACCGCAAGGUUUCUCACAUUCUCGCCACCGGAGGGCCUGGUGGCUUCGUGACCGUCUGGGAUUUGAAGACAAAGAAGGCAUCUUUGACCUUGAACAACAGCCGCAAAGCCGUCAGCGCCAUCGCUUGGGACCCUAAUAACUCAACAAAGCUUCUCACGGCAACCCCUGAUGACAACACUCCUGUCAUCUUCUUGUGGGACCUGCGCAACUCUAAUGCCCCGGAAAAGACGCUUCAGGGACACGAGCAGGGCGUCUUGUCAUUGUCGUGGUGCCAACAGGAUCCCGACCUGUUGCUUUCUUCUGGCAAGGAUAACAAGACGAUUGUGUGGAACCCACACACGGCAGAGCGCUACGGAGAAUUGCCUGAGGUUACCAACUGGACCUUUCAGACACGCUUCCACCCUCACAACCCCAAUCUUUCCGCCACAGCAAGCUUCGACGGCAAAAUUACUAUUCAAACACUUCAAAACACCAACCCUGAUAAGUCUCAAGCUGUCAACGAAAAGCCCCUAGAUGAUGAGGAGUUCUUCAGGGCUGCCCAGACUCAACCCCAGGGAGCCUCUUGGUCAUUGGCCAAGGCGCCCAAGUGGUUUGAGCGACCCAUUGGUGCUUCUUUUGGCUUUGGUGGUAAGCUCGUCGUUUUCAGGGAAUCUCCAACUCAGGCUGGCCAGAAACGCUCGUCCAAGCUCGCAAUCUCACAGUUCUCCGCCGAUUCAGAUGUCUCAUCUGCAAUUGAAAAAUUCCAAGAGGCUCUUAACUCCAAUGAUGUGGCCACCCUUUGCCAAGAGAGGAAAGACCAAGCUCAAACCGACGAGGAGAAGGCAGAUUGGACAGUUAUCGAGACACUUGUUGGCGAAAAUCCUCGUUCCAAGAUUGUCGAGCAUCUCGGUUUCAAACAAGAAGACCUAACAAACGGAGCCUCGACUGACGCGCCAGAGGGAGAGGAGAAGGAGGCGCCUGCAAAAGAGGAGGAACCUGUGGACGCGGAGGGCAAGCCCAGACGCCUAUCCAACAUGUUUGGAGAUGGCGAGGGCGAUGGCGAUGAUUUCCUUUCUGGACUGGCUGCCAACAAGGGCGCCAAGACCGAUAAGCCUUUCCACCUCUUCAGUGACGGCGAUACGUCUGUCGAGAAAGAUAUCACAAGAGCUCUUAUGCUCGGCAAUUUUGCUAGGGCCACUGAUAUCUGCUUAAAGGAGGAUCGUAUUGCAGAUGCUUUCCUCAUUGCCAACUGUGGCGGCCAGGAACUUGUCGAAAAGGUUCAGUCUACCUAUCUCUCUCGCAAGAGUGGUACCCCUAGCUACCUGCGUCUCAUCAGCUCUGUCGUCGACAAGAAUCUAUGGGAUAUUGUAUACAACGCAGAUCUGGAGAACUGGAAAGAGACCAUGGCCAUUAUCUGCACUUUCUCGGAUCCUUCUGAAUUCCCAGAUCUUUGUGAGGCUCUAGGAGACCGAAUUAACGAGCAGGGCCAACGAAAGGACGCCUCAUUCUGCUACCUUGUGGGUUCAAAGCUUGAGAAGGUUGUUACCAUCUGGGUGGAUGAGCUCAAUGAAUCAGAGCAAGCUGGAAUGAAGGAGGAAUCCGGCGAUUCAACCUUCUCAGUCCAUACCCGGUCGCUGCAGAGUUUCAUUGAAAAGGUGACUGUCUUCCGCCACGUCGCCAAAUUCCAGGACAAAGAGUUGGCACAGACAGACGAUUGGAAGUUGGCGACCCUAUACGACAAGUACACCGAAUACGCAGAGAUCCUCGCUGGCCAGGGCAAAUUGGAAGUUGCGCAGAAGUAUCUCGAUCUGCUGCCAGCCACUUAUCCAGCUGCCGAACUGACCAGGAGCCGCGUGAAGCUGGCCACACAAAAGAAGCCUGCCGCUGCACCGGUUUCAACAAGUCGCCGAACGCCAUCGAUCCCUUCUGCAGGAAAGCAGCCGUCUGUGGUAGGCUACCAGCCUCCUCAGCCUGCCCCUAUUCCAGCUCCCACGAACCCAUAUGGUGGGCUCCAGCAGACUUCACCAGCAGUCUCCACAACUCAGCAGUACAAGCCUCCAGUCAACCCCUAUCAACCACAAGGCUAUCAACCCCAGGGCUAUCAACCCCAGGGCUAUCAGCCUCAGAAUCAGUUUGGAUACACUGGAGCGCCCAUUGCACCACCGCCUAUCAGUGGGCCCCCGAGAAACACAACGCCAUCAUCGGGCCCUCCACCAUCAAAGGCCAAAAAUAUGGAGAACUGGAACGAUGUCCCUAUGGUGACGAAGGUUGCACCGCGAAGGUCAACGCCCAGCGUAACGCCCAUUGCGUCGCCCUUCGGAGCUCAACAGGGCCAAGCUAUGCCUCCCCCUCCUCCAUCAUCAACGUCGCCUUAUGGGCCCGGUGCCAGGGCUAGUCCUCCUCCACCACCCAAGGGACCAGCUCCUCCUCGAGUACAGUCCCCGUUAGCCGGACCACCGGUAACUGGACCACCUCGAACCUCUUCUGCGGCAGCCAACCAAUAUGCUCCGCCAACCCCCAUAGCAGGAGCGAUCCCAACUCAUGCGGCUCCUCCAGUUAUGCCACGCACAGCUUCCCCUUAUAACGCUCCUCCUGCCGGGCCUCCGGCUUCCAACAGGUACGCGCCAGUGACGACAACUCAGCAGCAACCUGGACAGUAUACUGCCUCUAUGCCGCCACCUCCCGGCCCGGCAAGCAGGCCUCCGCCCCCUGCAAACCCUUAUGCGCCACCAGUUCAACAGCAACCGGCAGCACCCAGCCCAUAUGCCCCAUCGCCAUAUGCCCCUGCUCCUGGUCAGGUACCGGCCUCUCAGCCACCGCCAACUGGCCCCCCUCCGAUGGGUCGUCCCGGUCCUCCGCCUUCCGCCGCGUCUGCUCCUCCUCCACCACCACAGCAGACCGCACCACCCCCGGCGGCAAAGUAUCCUCCCGGCGACCGAUCACACAUCCCAGCUCACGCUCAGGCGUUGGUGGACAUUCUGAGCCAAGAUAUGCAGCGGGUAGCAUCCAAGGCACCUCCGACAUUUGCCCCUCAAGUCAAGGACACGCAGAAGCGACUGAACAUUUUGUUCGACCACCUGAAUAACGAGGAGCUUGUCCAGCCCUCAACUAUUGAGCAGCUUUCACAGCUAGCCGUCGCAAUUCAAACCAAGGACUACGCUACAGCCCAAAAGCUGCAGAUGGAAAUUAACCGAGAUAAGACUGAAGAAUGCGGUAACUGGAUGGUUGGAGUUAAGCGACUUAUCAGCAUGAGCAAGGCAACUCCUUGAUAAGUCAUUAAUGUUGUCUGUACAUGGAGAGUUGUGGUGUUUUAUUUGACACGCUUUAUUGGCGGCACGAAGUCAUGCAAGGCAUUGAUUAAAAACCGCGGGCGGCACGAUUAGUUAGAUUAUACAUAAAUGAUGAUUGGCGAUACCAAG